CUAUUAUAGACUGCGAUCCAAACACAAGAUCAUUUACACGGUCAUUUCCCGGAAGCAAUUCUUACAUUUAGAGACACGGUCAUACUUACCCUCAAGACCUCAAAAAGUUGACCCACAUAUAGUUCCAUCCUAUAAAUAUCAACUUAGUCUUUUUAAGUUUAUACCAUAUCUACAUUCAUCUGAAAGGUUAAGGCUUAGUUCAUUGAUCUCCAGAAAGAAAGCACAGAAAGAAAUCGUGAAGAAAUUCAGUAACAAAUUAAGGCUCUAAAAACACACAAAGGCGUGUACGUGCAUGGAUACCAUGUUGCAUAAGGUUGCUAAUUUGGUGUUGGGAGAGAAUCAUGGGAAAAACAAGACGACAGUUAAUGGGAAAGUGGUGUUGAUGAAGAAGAACGUGCUCGAUUUCAAUGACUUGGGUGCGUCGAUUCUGGAUAGAGCUCAUGAGUUGUUUGGAAAACAUAUCUCAAUUCAAUUCAUUAGUGCAACUCAUGCUGAUAGCGGAUCCUCAGAAAAAAGGUUGAGAGGAAAGCUUGGAAAACCAGCAAUCUUGGAAGAUUGGAUUAGCACUGUUAGCCCUCUAAUCAUUGCUGGGGAAUCAACAUAUGAAGUCACAUUUGAUUGGGAUGAAGAGAUUGGACUACCAGGAGGCUUUCUUGUCCAAAAUCUUCACCACAGUGAAUUUUAUCUUAUGACACUCACUCUUGAAAAUGUUCCUGGUCAUGGCAAAGUUCAUUUUGUUUGUAACUCAUGGGUUUACCCCGCGAAGAACUACACGAAGGAUCGCAUAUUCUUUGCUAAUAAGGCGUAUCUUCCUAGUGAAACACCUGAAUUGCUGCGUCCAUACAUAGAGGAAGAGAUGGCAGUACUGAGAGGAAAUGGGACAGGAAUGCUGGAGGAAUGGGACAGGGUUUACGACUACGCAUUUUAUAAUGAUUUGGGAGAGCCAGAUGAUGAGGAUAAAGUGCGCCCAGUUAUUGGAGGGUCCUCCGAGUACCCUUACCCUCGUAGGGGUAGAACAGGAAGACCACCAACUGAAACAGAUCCAGAAACUGAGAGCAGGCUUUCUCUUAUACAGUUUUUGAAUAUAUAUGUUCCAAGAGAUGAGCGAUUCGGACACUUAAGAAUGUCUGAUUUUCUGGCUCAAGGACUAGAAGCCAUCCUUAAAUUCCUUCUUCCGGAGUUUGAGGCUCUAUUUGAUGACACCAUUAAUGAAUUUGACACAUUUGAAGAUUUCUUGAAGCUUUACAAUGGAGGAAUCAAGCUUCCAAAAGGUCCAUUAUUCGACAAUCUUCUAGAAAACAUUCCAAUACAGUUUAUUAAAGAACUUCUCCGAUCAGAUGGUGAAGGACUUCUCAAAUACUCAACACCACAGAUCAUCCGAGCUGACUUAUCCGCUUGGAGCACUGAUGAAGAAUUUGCAAGAGAAAUGGUUGCUGGGGUCAAUCCGGUUUCCAUUCAACUACUAAAAGUAUUCCCUCCAAUAAGCAAGCUAGAUGUGGAACUCUAUGGCAACCAAAACAGCUCAAUAAGAUCACAUCACAUUCAGGAACAGCUAGAAGGUCUAGAAGUAAAUGAGGCACUAAAAGCAAAGAGGCUAUUUAUAUUGGAUCAUCAUGACGCACUGAUGCCAUAUGUGGAGCGGAUUAACGCUACACCUAGCAAGAUUUAUGCCACAAGAACAUUGUUGUUUUUGCAAAAUGAAGGAACAUUGAAACCAAUAGCCAUUGAGUUAAGUUUGCCUCAUCCAGAUGGUUAUGAACUUGGUGCUGUUAGCAAAGUGUACACCCCUGCUAAAGAUGGAGUGGAAGCUGCAAUUUGGCAGUUGGCUAAAGCAUAUGUAACCGUGAACGAUUCUGGAGUUCACCAACUCAUCAGCCAUUGGUUGAACACACAUGCUGUUAUUGAGCCAUUUAUUAUAGCAACAAACCGGCAACUAAGUGUACUCCAUCCGAUCAACAAGCUUCUCCAUCCUCAUUUCCGUGAUACAAUGAACAUCAAUGCCACUGCUAGAAAUAUCUUGAUAAAUAGUGAAGGAAUUCUUGAAAGAAGCUUCUUUCCUGGAAAAUAUUCAAUUGAAAUAUCCUCCAAGAUAUACAAGGAUUGGGUGUUCCCCAACCAAGCUCUUCCCGUGGAUCUUGUAUUGAGGGGAAUGGCAAUUGAGGACUCAAGCUCUCCUCAUGGCCUCCGUUUAAUGAUUGAAGAUUAUCCAUAUGCCGUUGAUGGGCUUGAGAUAUGGUCAGCCAUUAAAACAUGGGUGGAUGAUUACUGUAGAUUUUAUUACAAAACUGAUGACAUGGUGAAAAAUGAUACGGAACUUCAGUCAUGGUGGAAGGAACUGCGAGAGGAGGGACAUGGUGACCUGAAAGAUGAGCCAUGGUGGCCUAAAAUGAACUCCAUUCAAGAUGUUAUUGAUAAUUGCACCAUAAUCAUAUGGGUGGCUUCGGCUCUUCAUGCGGCUGUAAACUAUGGUCAAUUUGCUUAUGCGGGUUAUCCCCCUAAUCGUCCCACGCUAAGUCGUAGGUUUAUGCCUGAACCAAACACACCGGAGUAUGAUGAACUAAAAGACGAUCCCAAAAAAGGUUUUCUGAAAACCGUCACUCCUCAACUACAAUCACUUUUGAGUGUUUCUUUGAUAGAAAUAUUGUCAAGGCAUACAUCGGAUGAGAUCUACCUUGGGCAAAGAGAGUGUCCUGAGUGGACAAUGGAUGUGGAGCCAUUGAUGGCGUUUGAAAAGUUUGGCAAGACGUUGAAACAGAUUGAGGAAAAAAUUGUGAAGAUGAACGAUGACGGGAGGUUGAAGAACAGGAAUGGACUUGCGAAGGUACCAUACACAUUAUUAUACCCCAGCAGUGAAGAGGGAAUUACCGGAAGGGGUAUACCUAAUAGUGUGGUGAUAUGAAACAUGUUCAUAGCUUAUGUUCUUAAUGAAGUGUCCUUUUGCAUAUAUCUUACAUGUGAAUUAUGUGAACAGUAUGUAACACAUUAAACUUUAUGUUUUGUAGUCUGUGUUUUAAUAAAUAUAAUGUGUGUUUUCUUUAAAA